AUGUCGAGAUCAUCAUCCAGAAGAAAUAGUUAAGCCAUUGGUUCUCUCAUUAAUUACGCAAACUCUGAUGAUACUUAUAAUGUCAAAGCUAUCCUUUAUGAAAAUCACAAUCAUAAUUUGUUAAUCCUUAAAACCCAAAAACUAUAUACCUUAAUUCAUCUUUCUUGUUACAACAACAAUGAACAAUUAAGUGAAUUGUAUUUUUAAUACAUUUAAGCAUAAAUAGAUAAAAACAUUCAUACAAAACAAGAAGUUGAACAAUGGGUUAAUUAACAAAAUGAUGAAGGGUUCACUGCAUUACAUCUCGCAGCUUACCGAGGAUCACUGAAAACCAUUAAAUUGCUUGAAUAAUAUGGAGCAGAUUACAGAAUUAAGAACGAUAAUAAGUUAACGGUCUUACAUACAGCAUCAUAAGGUGAUUGUCCAUUGACUGUAUGUUAUUAUCUCCAGAAAGGGAUAGAUAUUAAUAUAGUGGAUAACAAAGGCUCAUCUCCUCUCCAUUGGGCUGCUUAUUCAGGAGCGUAUAAUGCAGUAAAUUUCUUGAUCUCAUUGAAUGCUAAUGUGGAUCUGCAAGAUACAGAUACUCUUGUUACUCCUUUACAUCUUGCGACUAUGCAAGCUAAUUCUAGAAUAGUUCGAAAACUUUUAAUGAAAGGAGCUGAUCGUUCAAUUAAAGAUUCCAAUGGCAAAACAGCUCUGGAUUUAGCAAUAGAAAGUGAUUUUAAAACAAUUGAAACCAUGAUUAGAGAUAAAAAUGAUAUUCUAAUCAUUUGCAAUGUUCGAUAACCAUUUAGACCAGUGAAACAAAAAAGGAAUAGUCAAAUUGCCUUCCUUUCCAUGUAUAUGACUUGCUUUAUUUGUACUAUAGUAUUCACUUUCCCAUUUGUAACUAACACAAUUUGGAUGUGGAUAUUCUUUACUUUAACUAGCAUUACUGUUAUAUUCUUCUUUAUUUCAUGUGCCAAAGAUGCUGGAGUAGUGAAAUUAGACUAAAAAUUAGAUAUGCUCUAAAUAUUAGAAAGAUACGAUUGUUCAAACAUUUGUGCAGAUUGUAAAUUAGUCAGACCUAAGAGAUCCAAGCAUUGUGAAGUUUGUUAAUAAUGUGUUAUGGUGUACGACCAUCAUUGUCCUUGGAUAAAUAAUUGUGUUGGAGCAAAGAAUCAUUUUGUGUUUUAUUUUUUCAUUAUAAGUUUGUUCUCCGAAUUCAUUUUACAAUUAUUCAUGCAAUUUUCUCAUUAUCAUUCAUAUACUAUCCAGAGAUGGUUUACUUAAACCGAAGAUUGGCUCUUAAUUGGAAAAAAAUUUACAUUUUAUUAUGUAAUCAUUUAUUGUUUACUAUUUAUUGUACCUUUGGGAAUUCUAAUCUAAAUUUAAACUAUUAAUCUAUUGACAGGCCAAACAACAUUUGAAAGACAUAGUUUAGGAGCACAAGAUGCAAAAAAUGAAAAAUCUAAUGAAAAAAGUGCUAUUAAUAGAACUGAAGAUCAAUCAAUGGAAUCCACAGAAUAAGGAUAAGGUGGAACAUAAUAAUCGAUUCACGAUCAAUAACUAAAAAUGGAGUAAUCACAUUUGAGUUUAGGAAACUGUUUUGAAAUGUGCUUUGUAAAUAAAAAGAAAAAAGAAUAUAGUAGUGAAUUAGCAACAGAAUUUAUUGAACUCUGA